CAGAAAGAGAGAGAGAGAGAAAGAGAGAGAAGGAGAAGCUGUAGGUGCGUCCUUUCUUUAACCAGUCUUAUUCUUGUGUCAAACAUGCAGGUUGUUAGUGGUUCAAGAUCACUUUGGAUAUACAGUCUUCUUCUGUCUUCCCUACACCUUUGGGAGGGACAAUCGACUCCCACACCCCCUCUCUUUCUCCCACCUCCUGAGAUUUACAUCCACCUGAGGACUGAGGAAUCAGCGGUGUUGGUUUGCCGGGCUCCUGAGGGCCACCAUGGGACCAUCUUCAUGUUGUACAAGUACAGAGAAAAGGUUGACUCUCAGGAGAUAAAUUCAAGUGUGACAGAGGUUCAGUUCACUGUGAGGCUGCAAGAAGGUGAUUCAGACCAACAGGAACUCUUCUGCUGUCUGUAUAAGGACCAGGGCGGUCGAUACAGUGGUUUCAGUCCCUAUUUGCCACUGGAGCACCAAAAAGCAGAUGCUGACCCCACUCACCCCAUACCCUCUUACUCUCCUCCUGUCCUGUCCGUGACGCCCUCUACUGGUGUGGUAAAACAUGGAGACAUGCUAUCCUUCAGCUGCUCAGUCCCCACUCUUCCUCAGUCUCUCGCUAACUUUGAAAACAAACCAGUGAAUUUUGUUUUGCUGAGGACUGCUGUGAGAACAGGAGUGACAUCUCCCAUCUUCCAGCCUCAGUCCAGUCGGACAACUAACCCCGAACCCCUGCCAGGGCUCUUCACCUUAGGGCCAGUGAGGGGAGGAGAGGAGGGUGGGUACACCUGCCUUUACCAGAUCGCUACGAAAAAGGGAUUGGUUAAUUCAACUGUGAGCAACCUUGUUCAUGUCACUAUUAAAGACACAUUACCACUGCCCACCCUCGUCCUCCAGCAGCAGACAGAUGUGUGGCAUCUGCUCUGCAGAGGCUCUCCUGCAUACCCCGGUGCCCUGUUCUCCCUCUACCUGGCUGAUCACGAUCUCCCUGUUGCCACUCAACGUGCAACCUCUAUUCUCCAUCAGGUCGCCUUCCCAGUGCCGGUCCAGGAAACUCCACUGGCUUUUUACCAAUGCCAGUACACUGUCCUACUGGGAGAGGCAUGGAGCAACUCUGAGCGUAGUCUCCCGUUGAUUGUGACUAAAGGAGCAGCCCCUCCAGCAAUGCCAGAUGCUCCUGCUGUGGACUGGCCUCUUGUUCUGGGCUCUCUCUCCGCUGUGGUUUUGUUUCUCUGUUCUCUGGCUCUCGUGGUUAUUGUGGCACACCGGAAAGCUAAAGCAGCAGCAGAAGAAAGGAAGAAAAGACAGGAGGCACAGUUUUGGACUCAAGUUCAUGCAAAAGACCAUAUUGUUGACCUGACCCUCAGGCGCGCAAGCUUCACCUCUCAGGAAUGGGCCAGUGCUGGCACAGCGACAGAGACCAGCUCUAGAUCUCCUUUAUGGAACUCAAUGUCUACAUUUGCAACCCCGAGCCAUCAGAUCCAUUAGAAAGCUUCUCUCUCUCUCUCUCUCUCUCUCUCUCUCUCUCUCUCUCUCUCUCUCUCUCUCUCUCUCUCUGUUUAUAUUUUAUUCCAGGUUAUCAGUGUAGCAUCAGUUGGAGAUACCCAGCGGGACAGGAAGUGCUAUUUCCCCAGUUCUUAUGUGUAUUAGUAAAAUUGUACAGUUUGACAGGAUAUGUUGUUUGGUUGAUCUUUUAUGUUUCUAAAUACAGAUUUCUUUUAUUAUUCAAGAACUGUGACUUUGAUUUUUAUUUAUUUUUUUGUUUGGUAAACUGGUAAAAAAAUAAGAACAGGAAUGUUAGAUUUAUGUUUUCAUCA